GCAAAGGUUAAUUACCAGGAGCUGGUGAAAGCCAGGUCCCUUUAGGAGAGAGGCUGCGGCGCUGGGGGUGCCUGCAGGGUGUCCCUCACGCAGAGGAGUGUCGUGCUGUGAGCCUGCAGCAGGGAACAAUGGUGAGGCACCUGGUCCCCCGUCUGCCUGCCCUCCCUGUCUGCCUCGCCGUGGUCCAGCUGCUCAGCCCCUGCUCAGCUCAGUUUGCUGUGGUUGGACCCCCCGAGCCCAUCCUGGCCAUGGUGGGUGAAGACGCUGAGCUGCCCUGUCACCUGUCCCCGGAGAUGAGCGCUGAGACCAUGGAGCUGACGUGGGAGCGACCCAGCCCCAGGCAGGUAGUGCACACGUACGCACACGGGCAGGAGGACACGCCGGCAGCAGAGUAUCGAGGGAGAACUUCGAUUUUAAGAGAGGACAUCACUGUGGGGAAGGCUGCUCUCCAGAUUCUCGACAUCAGAGCCUCUGACAGAGGAACCUACCUGUGUUAUUUCCAAGAUGGAGAUUUCUAUGCAAAAGCCCAGGUGGAGCUGAAGGUUUCAGCCCUGGGUGGUGGCCCUUGGCGUGACCCUGCCGGCUUUGCUGGUGGUGGCCGGCUACUUCCUGUGGCGACAGCACAAGAAGAUCCAGGACCUGUCCCAGGAGAAGGAGAGGGAGCGAAGCGUGAACGGAGAUUCUUUUUCUGUGUAUUUCCAGAGAAGCUACAGGACAAACUGAGGUGGACAAGGAUCCCGUACCUACCACGUGAGGAGCGGUCUCAGGCCUAUGCAGAGUUGAAGAUGGCCCUCUUCCAGCCUGCGGAUGUGUUUCUGGACCCAGACACGGCGCACCCCACCCUCCGUGUUUCUGAGGACAAGAGGAGCCUGCAGCGGGCAGACACAUGGCAGAACCUGCCAGACAACCCCGGGAGAUUUUGCGGGAAUGAGUGUGUGCUGGGCUGUGAGAGCUUCACGUCAGGGAGACACUUCUGGGAGGUGGAGGUGGGGGACAGGGCACAGUGGUGUGUUGGGGUGUGCAGGGAGGAUGUGAGGAGGAAAGGUGGAGAUCAAAUGGCUCCCAAGAGUGGAUUCUGGACAGUGGGGCUGAAUCCUGGGAAGCACUACCUGGCUCUCACCAACCCGCAGACCCCACUGACCUGUGUGAGCCCCCCUGAGAGGGUGGGGGUUUUCCUGGACUGUGAGCUGGGGGAGGUCUCGUUCUACAAUGCCCUCGACGGGUCUCACAUCUUCACCUUCCCACACACCCGCUUCUCUGGGCCUCUGAGGCCUGUUUUCUGGAUUUUGACAUUUGAGCCCACUCCCUUGACCAUUUGCCCAGCACAGAAACCAGUGGGAAUGACCCGUGUGUCUGACCCAGUGUCUGACCCUAUCCUAGAGACUGUAGUGGUCCUGGGAUCAGCUGCUGGGAUUGGCGACUCUCCAACUGAAGCAUCCUCUUUGCUUCAGCCUUCUAGCCUGCCGGUGAGGGCCUUCUUACCAGCAAAACAUCACAGCCAGAAAAUACUUAAUAAAACACACUGAGUGAAGGA